AUGGAUCACACCUUAACUAUUUAAUUUACUUAAACUCUAACCAACAGACCUCUAUCUCCAACUCCUUUAUCUUAAUGUCGAGUCUUCUAAUAAGUCUAAGAGAUAUCUGACUAUUAACCUCAAUAUAAUACAACUUAAUACAAUAAAUAUGAUCAUUAUGCAAAUGGUGAAAUCUGCUUGGAAAGCAAAAUGUAAUAAGAAAGCUAUUUAAAUGAAGAUUGUAAAAGCGAUGAUUCGGAGGAUGCGAGAUAAAACAUGAUAUAAAAUUUAAAUUAAGGAGCUGCUCUUGAUUAAUCAUUUUCCUUUUCUUAAUAUAUCUCGGAUGAUUUGACUACUUGCUCUUUAACUGAUAUUGAAAAUAUAAGCCAUUAACUCUAGUUAUUAAAUGAAGAUAAUUAAUUUCAAAGAGAAGCAAUAACUUCUUGUGAAGAACAAUAAUUAAAUAUCUUGUGGUCUUCUCAGCCUUCAUUGAACCAAUGCUUCUCUCCAAAUUCUGAAUCGAGCUAUCAUUAAUAUGUCAAGGACUUACCUGCAGAAGAUAAUGAGAGUUCUUUUUCCAAUUUUAACUCUCUUGCUUAAUAGAUUAUUAAACCAUCUAUUUCUGACUGUCCAAAAACUCAAGAUGGCUAAAUUUCCUCUCCAACUCAAUUUAAAGAUUAUAUAAUUGAUACAUUUUAAAAUGAAUCGACAGAAAACAUUUAAUCCGAGGACUGCAACUAAGACAGAUUUAAGAUUUCAAGAAUCAAUUUCUUUCAGAUUACUCUCGAAAGGAAAAAAUAAUUGAUACUUGGUUAAUUUAUGCAGCCAUUCAAUUUAAUGGUUUCAGCUAAAGAGAUCAAUGAGUUUUCAAUCAUCUUAGAUCAAUUGAAGAGGCUAGAUGAAAAUAGCCCUCAGCUUAGGCAAUACAUAGGAUACCUUGUGUCUAUGACAAGAUAAGUAUUAAGGUUUAAGGAAACAAAUUCUCAUUCUAAAAGCAGAUUAAUUUUAGAAUAAACUCUCAACCCCCACAAAAACCAACUUAAGUUCAAUCAAAUCUACACUAAGUUUAUAAAUUUGAUAACUUAAGAAGAAGAAUACAAUGUAUUCAAAAUUUAGAGAGUUUGUCAAUAAUUUUUAAACAUAGAGAGCAUAACCUAAACCAACAACUAAUAAUAUUUGUUGCAAGAUCUAGAAAAUUUAAUUAAUGACUUAAGAUUUCGACUAUAAUUAUAAAUCACUGAGUAACUUAGUGAAGUGGAUAAGCUUCUGGAGGAAAUGCCAGUUUAAGCUUAUAAUUUAUUCAAGCACUUCCUUAACAGGAUUUGCUAAUGA